GAGUUUUGUCAUUGGAUUGAUUCUCCACGAGGGACUUCCUCCGCCAACCUUUUGCUCUCCUUUGAGGGACGCUGUGCCACCAGCGGGAGAGUUGCUUCAGCCUGCAGACCUCCACCUACGCAAUCCUGCGCGACAUAUUGUGCGUCAUGGCAUCUUCACUGACCAGUCUGGUUAAUGAUGAUAGCAGAUACCAGAAAUCCUUCCAGCUUUUUUUGGAGCGCUCCUCUGAGCACCAGUGUAUGCAGGAUUUCAUCCACAACAAGCUGCCAGACAUACUGGCCAGCAUUGGAAAUGGAAAGUCCCAUCUAAACGUCAUUGGAGUUGGAAGCGGAGCUGGUGAGAUUGACCUAGAGAUGCUCUCUGAGCUCCGUCAGAAGCACCCAGGGGUGACGGUGGAUAACGAGGUGGUGGAGCCGAGCAGCCAGCAGCUACAUAACUACAGAGUUUCAGUGUCACAGAAAAAAGAGUUAGAUUACAUCACAUUUACCUGGAACAAGAUGACGGCCUCUGAGUUUGAGGCGCACUGGAAAGAGAAAAAGAUGACAAAGAAAGCAGACUUCAUUCACAUGAUACAGAUGCUGUACUAUGUGAAGGAUCCUGCAGCUACCAUCAGCUUCUUCCAAAGUCUCCUUGAUAAGAAUGGGAAGCUUCUUAUCAUUCUCGUGUCGGGGGAGAGUGGUUGGGGGAAGCUGUGGCGGACCUACAGGCAUCAGCUCUGUAACCCUGACAUAAGUCAGUGUGUGACCACUGAAGACAUCAAAAACAUCUUGGACUCCAAGGGUGUGCGCUACCAGAACUACGAGCUGCCGUCUCAAAUGGAUAUCACGGAGUGUUUCACUGAGGGAGAUGAGAAGGGAGAGCUGCUGCUUGAUUUUCUUACCGAGGUGCUGAACUUCAGCAAAACAGCCUCACCUGAGCUGAAAGCUGGUGUGUUGGAGCUGCUUCGGCACCCAGAGUGUAGCGUGGAGUCCAACGGCAAGGUUAUCUUCAACAACAACCUUGGAGUGAUAGUCAUGGAGCAGCUCACUUAAAAACAUGCUGUCAGUUUGUUACAUUUUCAGUAGAUUGAUUACAUAGUUGUUUAAUUAAUUUGAAACAACCUGUGUAACUGUUUAUGAUUAACCAACUUUUAGCCUGUGGGAAAUAUGUUGGCACCUUUGUACAAAACUUUUCUAUGAAUAAAUGUCAUUUGUUUGUUGUUAGCAAUUGUUAUAGAUUUUUUUAAUUAAUUCUGCCAUUUGUAAUGUGAAGAUCAGAGUCUUCAUCAGCUUCAGAUUUUACCAUAUUAUAAUUAUUUAUGAAGUACAGUUAGCAGGAUGUACUACUCCAUUAGAUAAUAUAUUCUUGGGAAUCUAAAAAUACCUAGGAAAAUUAACAAUUAAUUUUCCGCUGAGAUUGUGCUCUUUGUGUUAAGCUGAAAAUGUCUGGAUUGUGUAUUGAAAUGGAUGCCACUGUUAUGUACACUGAUGAGAAAACUUAAAUUGCCAAAAUAAAAACAUGGACCUGCUA